GAGGAAGAAAAAAAAAGGAAACCUAAUAAGCAAAGGUGAGUUGAAAGAGGCAAUAAUGCCGGGUUUUGGUGAUUUGGAAGCUCUCGAUGGGGAUGUCCCACGUUAUUCAAAAGAUGGUUCUCGAGAUUCGCGUGAUCACCUCCCUUCAUUAAUGGCUUCUUGUUAUCCUAUCACUCUCAAGUUCAUCGACGUGUGUUUCAAGGUGAAGGUACAAGGGACCAAUACACAGGGUAGCAGCAUUAAACGCUUGCUCACCCAUGGCUCAUCGAGACCGUCCGAUCAGGGAUCAACGAGUAGGAAUGAAGAGAAAACGAUAUUGAACAACAUCACGGGCAUGGUUUCACCGGGAGAAAUGUUGGCUAUCCUCGGUCCUUCAGGCAGCGGUAAAUCUACUCUCCUCAAUGCCUUGGCCGGGAGGCUCCAACACGGCCAUGGUAAUUUCUCCGGCACCAUGCUUGCCAACAACAGAAAACCGAGCAGACAAAUAGCCAAAUGCACGGGAUUCGUUACCCAAGACGAUGUUCUAUACCCUCACUUGACGGUUCGUGAAACCUUGGUGUUUUGCUCUCUUUUAAGGUUGCCGAAAACAUUAUCGGUCAAGGACAAGAUUUUGGUGGCCGAAUCGGUUUUGUUCGAGUUGGGGUUGUCGAAAUGUGAGAACACAAUAAUCGGGAAUAGUUUUAUACGUGGAAUUUCGGGUGGAGAACGGAAAAGAGUGAGCAUAGCUCAUGAAAUGCUUAUAAACCCUAGUCUGCUUAUUCUCGAUGAACCGACGUCGGGUUUGGACUCGACAGCGGCUCAUCGGUUGGUUUCAAUUUUGGGUUCGUUGGCUCAAAAGGGGAAGACCAUAGUAACAUCCAUGCACCAACCGUCUAGCCGAGUUUAUCAGUCGUUUGUCUCAGUGUUGGUCUUGAGCGAAGGAAGGAGCUUGUAUUUCGGUAAGGGAAGUGAAGCUAUGGGUUACUUUGAGUCGAUUGGAUUCUCACCGUCUUUCCCCAUGAAUCCAGCGGAUUUCCUCCUUGAUCUCGCAAACGGUGUGUGUAAACUUGAUGGUGUGAGUGAAGGAGAGAGGCCGAACGUAAAGCAAACCCUGAGUGCAUCUUACAACACCCUGCUGGCUCCAAAAGUUAAAGCUGCUUGCAUGGAGGCCAACCCUGUUUCGGGAAAAGAUUCGCUCGUCGGCGGCGGCCAUUGUUCCGAGCAAGGCCGGAUUAGCAACCAACGCGAUCUCUCUACAUGGUUCUAUCAAUUUAGCAUUCUUCUUCAAAGAAGCCUUAAAGAAAGAAAGCAAGAGUCUUUCAACACCCUCAGAGUGUUCCAAGUAAUAACUGCUGCGAUACUGGCCGGUUUAAUGUGGUGGCAUUCGGAUUAUCAAGAUAUCCAAGACCGCCUCGGUCUCCUCUUCUUCUUUUCCAUCUUUUGGGGCGUGUUGCCAUCGUUUAAUGCAGUAUUUGCGUUUCCUCAAGAACGUGCCAUCUUCAUGAAAGAGCGUGCUUCGGGCAUGUACACUUUAUCUUCCUAUUUCAUGGCACGGAUAAUUGGAGACCUCUCGAUGGAACUCGUUCUCCCCACGGUUUUCCUUCUCGUAACAUAUUGGAUGGCCGGAUUGAAACCCAAUUUGGUCGAAUUUCUGCUGACAUUGUUGGUUCUUCUCGGGUACGUGCUCGACUCUCAAGGGCUCGGGCUCGCGUUAGGCGCAUUGAUCAUGGAUGCCAAACAGGCUUCAACCAUAGUUACAGUCACAAUGCUAGCAUUUGUUCUAACUGGAGGAUACUACGUGCACAAGGUGCCAUCAUGUAUGGCAUGGAUCAAGUAUACUUCUACUACAUAUUACAGCUAUAAGCUGUUUAUCAAUGUUCAAUACGGCGACGGAAAGAAAGUCUCGUCCAUGCUGGGCUGCUCGCAUCCCGGAAGCGAUAUGGUUAGCUGCAAGUUCAUCGAUCAGGACAUCGCGGGGCAAAUUAGGCCUGAACUGAGUGUCGGAAUCUUGAUCCUAAUGUUCGUAGGAUAUAGGUUGUUGGCUUACCUUGCAUUGAGGCGCAUCAAAGGCUGAGGUCUUUGUAUUGGGUUACAGAUUCUUGUUAUUUGUACGAAGGCCUUAAAUUGUAAAUUUUCACUUUGAUUAACUAGAAAACUUUCACUUUUAA